AUGGCGCUCAACAAGAAGCAGCGCCUGGUGGGUGUCUGGCUCGUCGUGACCUAUGUCCUCCUCGUGUGUUGGUUCAGCGUUCGUUCCGCGGAAGAUCCGGGCUCCCACUUCUUCCAGCCCGAAAAGGGAUAUCAGCCCCGGUAUAGCUUGACGAGAAUCGAAGAAGCCUUGCGGUUUCUGGCGACUUUCAAUCUUUCGGCCACCGUUCCCGCCCACAACAACAAGAAUGGCUCCGCUGUCUCCGAGAACAUCGACAUGUGCGCCGGAAUCGUCACGGUGAAGCGACCGAUGCAGCAGAACCUCGACACCACUGUCGGCUCGAUCCUCGAUGGCCUCUCCCGAGACCAGUGGUCCAGCCUCGAGCUUCAGGUCCUCUUCGCCCAAACUAAUCUCACCGACCACCCUGACUACGGCCAGCCGUGGGUCGCGAAUCUGGUCGACCAUGUCCUGACCUAUGACCAACUCAAUGCCUCCAUCGACACCCUCCGGCACUUCGAGCAAGAGAAGAACGUGCAAGGGAAAUCAUUAAUCGACUACCGACUCUCCCUAGAAGCCUGUUAUUACAAGACCGAUGCGAAGUGGUUCCUGAUGCUCGAGGACGACGUGGUGGCACAGAAAAAGUGGUACGGACAAACCAUGCAGAGUCUGCGCAAAGCCAAGGAAUGGCAGGAGAAGGGUAAGAUCCACGACUGGCUCUACCUCCGCCUGUUUUACACGGAGAAAUUCCUGGGCUGGAAUUCUGAGGAGUGGCCCAUAUAUCUGGCAGCGAGCCUGCUGACGAUAUCAGCCGUUGGCGGGAUGGGUCUUUUCGCGCGCCGAAAAUUCCGGCCCAUGCAUGAGGUUAUCAGCAAUCGGUUCCUCGCUGUCGUCUGUCUGGUGUACAUGCCGUUGAUCAUCGUCUUGUACUUCCUCGCGGGACGGGUGACCGUGCGCCCGAUGAAUCCGGGGGUCCAUGUGAUGAAUCGCAACGGCUGUUGCUCGCAGGCUAUGCUCUUCCCUCGAGAGAAGGCCCCGCUCUUGAUCGACCACCUUCGCAAAACCGGAGAGAGUAACCUUAUGGCUGUCGACAGCGCCAUCGAGGUGCUGGCUGAUCAAACCGGGCUGGACCGGCUGGCCAUGUCGCCGUCGCAGAUGCAACAUGUCGGCGCUGCCUCGUACAAGGAAAAGAAGAAGUCCUGGGAUUGGGAGGGACCUCAUCCCGUCCAGGGCGCCCACGGCGUAUGGAGCGUGGGCUUUGAAUCGGCCUAUGAGGCGUAA